ACCAGGUUCCCAGAAACCAUAUCUGCACUUUGUGCGCUUGAUGUAAAUAACAGCAUGCUUUUUUAAUUCCUAACUUCUUUUGUGUGUUAUCUUCCUCUGCUGGUGGUCAAAACUGUUAAAACUGAAAUUUCUUGCAACAACAAUGCAACACUCACUUUCUGGCUUUUAGUCCACAGAGUGCGAUUGUUAUGAUACGACGCCAACUUGGACAUGUGACCCAGCUAAUCGCAAUUCACUAAUCGAAGACCUUUACACCAGAUCUAUAACGGUGCAGGCUCACUCGUCUUCACAAGCUCGAAGUGAUGUGCAGGAGCAAGAGGAGUGACGGAGGGUGUGUCUUCUACACUUAAAAAACACAUCUUCUGAAGUUGACCCCUUAACUCCCUCCCACCUCUCUCCUCCUUCCACGUCUGUCACUAUAAGCUAGUGCCCCACGGAGUAGUUACUCCACUGGCAAUUGCCCUACAUGCUUGGUGGCGUCCUCUACCACUGUCCUUUGCCCUUGCUCGGCCUAGGACCCAGGAGCUGCUCGCACAUACUCAGGAGAGACAAUCUACGAGGAGCCCACAGUCUGGUACAGAGCUGAUAGCUGAGUCCCCCGAACCCAGGUUGAGCCCACUCACUGUCCAUCACAAUGGAGGACUCCUCGGAGCAGUCCCGCUGGGUGUCCCCGGCACUGAUUGGCUCUGAGGUCAUGGGUAGCUUCUCCUCCGAGUCUGGCCUUCUGCCUCAGGGCGAAGAGGGAGAAGGCCUCUAUUCCGGUGCGGAUGCUGACUUCGCUGGCCUGCCGUCCUACUUCUCCAGCCCCGGCCACACUCGAGCUGCCACCACUUACAGACACAGUCCAGUUCGCCAGGUGUACUCCUCUUCGUCGCUCUUAAACAACAUGCAAUGGCUCGAUGGGCCUAGCAGCCACACUUUAAGCUCUGCCUAUGGCCCAACACCUUCAGCCUGGCCUGGAAGCCCCUACACCAAGACCCUGCAUCCACAUACUUCAUCAUCGCUGUACCCCUUGACCCCUACCUCCUCCUUCACAUCUCCGAGGGAUGGGAUCCCCUCACCAGAGAACGACAGCAAGGAGAGCCUCAGGCUCCUAGACACCCUGAAGGGUGAGCGCCUGAGUCCCAUUGAGGCAGGGAGCAGCAGUCUGUUGACGCUGAGCUCCUCGGCAGGUGGUGUGUAUCCUCACUCGGCCCAUGCAAGCUCGCAUCCUCUGGGGCAAUAUAGCUCCUAUGCAGCCUCUCCGCAGGACUUCAGCACUGCAGCACUCUACUCCUCUGCAGGGGGUCUGAUGGCCUCCUCUCCUUACUCUCCUAAACUGCGCAACAAAAUCAAGUUGUCCCCACCAGAUGCUCGGGAGUGCGUGAACUGUGGGGCCACUGCCACUCCUCUGUGGCGCCGGGAUGGCACAGGACACUACCUAUGCAAUGCCUGUGGGCUCUACCAUAAGAUGAACGGCCAAAACCGACCUCUGAUCCGGCCCAAGAAAAGACUGAUUGUCAGCAAGAGGGCUGGCACGCAGUGUGCCAACUGCCACACCAGCACUACCACACUGUGGAGGCGGAACGCCAAUGGGGAGCCCGUGUGCAAUGCCUGUGGCCUGUACUUCAAACUGCACAACGUAAACAGACCCCUCACCAUGAAGAAAGAAGGCAUCCAAACACGGAACCGCAAAGUUUCCAAUCGAAACAAGAAGAGCAAGAAAGCUGGAGGGGCGGACCUGUACUGCGACACAUCCAGAGCGCCUCCGGCCGACCCACAAAUGGGUCCAUACUCUCUGGCUCCCGGGUCCCUCCUUUCCUAUGGACAUCCCUCCCAUCUGCUCCCCACACCAUCACCUCUGCACCCCUCUUCCUCUGUGCCCUACUCCUACCACCCGACGUCCGGCAUGGUGCCCACGCUGGUGUGAGACACAGGAACACGAGGCCCUGCGUUGCCAGCAGCCGCACGCAGGCAAGCACACACGCUCACACACUCGCUCACACACACGCAACGGAGAAGGGGCGGACCCACAUGCAUGCGCAACCCCUGCUGGACUUACAGACCUCGACGGCUGUAACUGUGCGGAAUGGAGGCACAACCACAGUUACACCAGACGAGAUGUGCUGGACGACAUAUGCAACCUGACUGAACGACACACUGUUCCAGUCUGUAUUAUGAGCA